CUAUGUAAUUUAACUUUAUGGAAAAAUGAUAACUUUAUAAAUUUGUACAGUUUUAUAAAGUAAUUGAUUAUUUUAGUUAAAACUUUCUAUAGUUUAAAACUGAGAAAGAAAUUUCGAUUUGAAUCGAAAAUGCACCAUUUGUAAUUAUGGGAAAUAUUUGGAAAAAAUUAAUACACAUUCUACCGAAAGGAAAGAGUUUUCAAUUAACAUUUUUUUCGAAUAAAAAGAUGAAUUAUGAGCCAAAGAGAAAAUUAAUUCGCAUCGACGAAAAAUGCUACAGUUUCUCUAAAACCAGAACUUCAUCUCAAGAUUCUGAAAAUUCCGAGGAGGAAUCAAUUAAUGAAGAUUCUAAUUCUACUAUUACGGAUAUUGAAAUUUUUCCUCAUUCUGAAGGAAAAUAUAAACAUACAUUCUACGUUCCUAGAGGAUUGUUGUCAUUAGUCACGGGUCCAAAAGGGUCAACGAAAGAGAGGAUAGAAAUUGAUACGAAUACAUCAAUAUUGAUACCGGAAAGAAAACAAGAUAGUGAUAUAGUUGUUAUUGGUUCGAAAGGCGAGGAAAUAAUAUCUGCAAGGCAUCAAAUUGAUAUUUUAACGAAAGAAUCGAGAUUUAAAGUGAGAUGCACUCACUUUAUUUCCAUACCAAUGAAACACGAGCAUGUAAUUAGUAAUUUUAAUAAUUUCAAAACAGAAGUUUUGACAAAUAGUGGCAAGGAAUCGAGAGGAGUGAAAGAAACUCUUUUUCAAAAGGAGGGAAGAUUACAUCUCACUCUCGACGUCUUGUGGUUAUUUGAUGAAGACGAGGAAAGCAAUGCUGUCGAAAUUCUCAAUUCAUGUAAAACUGAAAUUAUCCAGCCUUUUAUCGAAAAAAAUGGACCAAUUACCAUUGAAGCGAAAGGAGUCACAUGUAUGAAUAAGGAUCCAACUAAAGUGAAUAUAUUGUACGCAGGAAUUGUCGACGAACAAGGACUUCUUCAGGAAUUGUCAGACAAUAUCGUGGAAUAUUUUGCAGAAAAGGGAUUAAUGAAGAAAAAAUCAGAAAAAGUAAAACUUCACAUGACAGUAAUGAACACGCUCUUUGCGAAAUUAAAAGAGAGAAAAAGAAAGAAGAGUGGCAGAGUAAAACGCGAAACCUUUGAUGCAACGAAUAUAAUUGAGGCCCACAAGGAGACUAAUUUUGGAAAAGUUGAUUUGUCUAUAAUUCAUUUAUCACAAUUUAGUGUAGACGAUAGUGGUUAUUACAAAUCAACAGGAAAGGUCGUUAUCGCAGAAAGUUAAUGCAUUUAUUUUCCGAUAAGAACUAUUAAUUCAAUUACAAAAUCACGAAAAAAACACUACUGAGAGUCAUAAUAUUAAGAGAUAAAUUUUUCUAAACGAGUAUAGAAUGAAGUGCUGAUAAGGUUAAUAACACGAUUGAGAAAGAAGUAUUUACACUCUUCCAUUGUCAUAUCGACACUCAUGAAACGAUUUCUACAGCCUCAAACAGAAUGUGUUCACGAGUUACCACUGAAUGACAGAGAAAAAUUAGAACACAAAAUCAAAAUUAUUUUUAACACCAAAUUUCAUCAAUGAAAUCAAAUCAUUUUAAUCUUAUCAUUCAAGAAAACUCCACUAAUCAUUAAUAUCAGAAACAAAUUUAAAUAAAUGAAACAAUAUGUGAUAAUGAAUAGAAAAAAAUAAGUUUUACGAUAGUGAUAAGAACUCAAAAGAGUUCUAUUUGUGAAAUUGAUUAACAAAAAAACGGCCUAAUCUCAGUUUUGAAAAAAGGGAAUUUUUGAUGUGAAUAAUGAGAUAUAUUUGAAUCAUUCGAAGUUCAAGACAAUUAUGAAUCAAUAUAGUU